CUCCUUUCCAGGAGCCUUAUUCCCGGCCGCGCGCUGCGAGCGAGCGCUCAGUCGGCCCGGGGAGCUGCAUGCCACACGCUGCUGGUCGGUCGGCCUGACGGACGCGCAGGGGCUGGGCGGAUGCACUGACCGACUCCGAACAGACAGACGUACCGCGGCCGCAGAGCUCCUCGGCAGGAUCGCACCCAGAAACGGGCAGCAGACCUCGCCUGGUGGAAUCUCGCUGCCCUCCGCCGCCUGGCCCCGGUGCAGGCGUCCAGCGGCCGCUGCAUUCAAAGUGAUCACUGCCUCGCCGUCUCCGCCAGCCUCGGGACCAUGAAGCUGCUGCCGUCGGUGGUGCUGAAGCUCUUUCUGGCCGCAGUGUUGUCCGCGUUGGUGACCGGUGAGAGUCUGGAGCGGCUUCGGAGAGGUCUGGCGGCAGCAACCAGAAACCUUGACUCUCCCACUGGAUCCACAAACCAGCUGCUACCCACGGGAGAUGGUCGUACUCAGGAAGUCCAGGACUUGGAAGAGACAGAUCCUAACCUUUUCAGAGUUGCUUUCUCCACCAAACCACAAGCUCUGGCCACGCCAAGCAAAGAAAAGAAUGGGAAAAAAAAGAAGAAAGGCAAGGGAUUAGGAAAGAAGAGAGACCCGUGUCUUAGGAGGUAUAAGGACUACUGCAUCCAUGGGGAAUGUCAAUACCUGAAGGAUUUCCGGGCUCCAUCAUGCAAAUGCCACCCAGGUUACCAUGGAGAGAGGUGUCACGGGCUGACCCUACCGGUGGAGAAUCCCUUAUAUACGUAUGACCACACUACCGUCCUGGCUGUGGUGGCUGUGGUAUUGUCAUCUGUCUGUCUACUUGUCAUAGUGGGACUUCUCAUGUUUAGGUACCAUAGGCGAGGAGGUUAUGACGUGGAAAAUGAAGAGAAAGUGAAGCUAGGCAUGACUAAUUCCCACUGAGAAGGACCUGUGCUCAAGAUUGGACCCAGCUUUCAAUGCCUCCCUCUUGUGCUCCAGGAACCUUCAGAGGACGGCUACCUCUGAGACCAUGGUUCAUUACAAGUUCUACAGAAGGGAAAGACUUCGCAAGCAGCCAUGAAGACUUCUUCAUUCCCAGUUGCUACCCUGACUGGGCCUCCCGUAAUUGCUCUGAAAAAGUAUCAGAGCCUCUAAGUGCCAAACAGACAUGCCCACUGGGAUCCAGAUCACAACACAGUGGAAGCAGAAGAGCCCUCCAGGCCUUUCUGGUCCCCUCCACACCGAGCCCACCGGUUUGUUUAAACACUUAGCUUCUGGAUUGAAGUGCCAGCUAGAUCCCAUAUGCUCCAGGACUUUUGACUGAAAAAAAAAAAGGGAGGAAGGAAGAAUGAUUUAUGGAUUGGAAGAAAGCAACAGAGUUGAGAAGCUGUGUGUUCAAGUAGCCACAAGGGAUCUGCUGUUUGGACCCUCCAGGACGCUGGAUUUGAUGAGCUAACUGUGAAGUACCACAAGCCCAAGAACUCUGAAUUUUGGGACUUCUACCCACAGGGGAAAGAAAAUAACAACUAUUUUUUUUUUUGUUAUUUGUUUGUAAAAUGCCUCUUAAAUUAUAUAUUUAUUUUAUUCUAUGUAUGUUAAUUUAUUUAGUUUUUAACAAUCUAACAAUAAUAUUUCAAGUGCCUAGACUGUUACUUUGGCAAUAUCCUGGCCCACCUCUUUGCAGCUCUACCCUCUGGCUCAGUGCCACCCUCCCACGUGCUCUGUAACCCAUCUGCAGUAAUUUAUUGUCUGUCUACAUUUCAGAAGAGACCCCAGAAGCAGAGUACCCGGGGGGAGUUGCGUGUGGUCAGAGCGUAGGGAUUGAUGUGGGCAGAGCCACUCUGUGAGUUGGACCUGCAGUCUUGCCUAGGUGAUUUUUGUCUACUGUCUGUGUUCUGAAAGCCCAAGGUGCUGAUGUCCGUGUGUAAUAGAUACUGGUGUUUACCUGUGUCCUCUCCCUGCCAAAUCUCAGAAGACAUUGGGCGUCCAUGCCUGCAGCUGCCCGGCCCCUUUUCUGCCGUCAGCCUUUCCCAGUCUCCCUGUGACAAGACAUCUCCCUUACUCCUGCCGUUCCUGUGUGGUGCUACUCCAUGCCGAGGUUGGUAGAGCAGAGGACACUUUGGAGAAGGUAUUGGUAAAGAGAAAGGCCGAGGAGGAGCAGGGAACGUGGGAGUUGACUAUCCUUGGCAAUUGAUUACCUAUCAAUUGCUACAGAGAAGGUUGGUGGUAGGGAAGGUUUGGGGUAAGAAAACUAUACCGUCUCACCAAAACUGUAAUGCUGUUAUGGUCCCAUGGAAGUUUCUGGUACCAUUUAUGAACUGUUACAACCUAUAUUUCCAAAACCUGGUUCAUAUUUAUACUUUGUGAUCCAAAUAAAGAUAACACUUACUCCAUG